AUGGACACCGAACUACAACAACUUGAUGAGCUGGUUAAACGUAUGUUUUUCUUAUUUAGUUUUUGUUACAUUUUUAUUUUAGCUGACAGGAGCUUUAAUGAGAAACUUUAUAUUCUUUUAGAAAACGACUCUUUGAAAGAACUGGCAGAAGAAGACCGUUCACGGCUGAUAGAAGAGUACGAAAGCACGUUAGACUCUCUUGUGAGUAGCGUUGUCCCUGUAACUUCGAUGGACGUUCUGUCUAGGUGUCAGCUCGAGUUCACGAGUGGUGCUGGUGGUGUUGAAUCCAUGUAUUUCGCAGAAGAAGUCCUGAAUAUGUACAGUAACUUGGCGACGAAUAAAGGAUGGAAUUGGUUACCGUACGAAGUGGAAGCGGGGCCUCAAGGUGGUAUAAGAUCAGCCAUCGUGUCGUUGGAAGGAGAUGGAGUCUACUCUUCUUUGCAGUUUGAAUCUGGAGUUCACCGAGUUCAGAGAGUGCCGAAAACUGACCCUACCAGGAUGCAUACCUCUACUAUGAGUUUGGCUGUCCUACCAGUACCAGAAGAGGUAACAAUAUUAUUUCUGUUACAAUAUGUGGCAGUAAAUAUGUUAUUUUAAUAGGGGUAACAGUGAAUCUUUUUGUCGUUAAUGCCAAGUUUAUUGUACGAUUUUAGGCUCAAGUCAACGUAAUCUCAUCGGACUGUAAACUGGAAACUAUGAGAGCCUCAGGACCUGGAGGUCAGAACGUGAACAAACGAUCAAGUGCCGUCAGAAUCACACACAUUCCCUCAGGCAUUGUGGUGCAUUGUAUGGAAGAACGAUUCCAGCAUUUGAAUAUGCAAGUAAGUUGAUUUACCGAGUCAAGAAUAGUCUUCUAUGGCAUGUUUUGACUUUAUUAACUUUUGUCUGCUUAGAAGGCGUAUCAACGUCUCGGUGCCAUCCUGAUGAGUCAAAAGGUUGACGAACUACAAUCCAAGCUCUCGAGUAGUCGGAAGCUGCAAGUUGGAAGUCGAGCAAGAUCCGAAAAGGUGAGGACCUUCAACUUUCAACACGAUCGGAUAACUGAUCAUCGCUUGAAGGAGACGGUCACCAACAUCCAGGACUUUAUGAGUGGGGGAGACAAGUUACGGUACUUUAUCGACGAGUUGAAACGACUGAAUAUGUUGGAACGGUUGGUAGAGCAGAUUGACACAGAAUGUGAUGAACAACAGGAAGCAACAUGA